UGGAUCGCUGAAUCAAUGAAUUCUUUGGCCAUACAAAGAUCCAUUUGGUUUGGUCGUAUUUUUUCACGAUUACGAAUCAAUGAACAAAAUGUAUCAAAAUAUUCGCUACAACGGCAACUAUGUUCAUCAUCGCCAAAAGUGAUUGAUUUUUCUCAACUUGAACCGGAUAAAUUUGGUGAUUUAGUGGAAAAAUUUCAACAAUCGUCGACGACGAACAAAACGAGAAAAUCAAAGCCAUUAAAAUCCGAAAGAUUGGCCGAAGAUCAAGAUGGUUAUGAUCGUUUGGAAAUUAAACGUGGUAUAAAAAUAUCAUUACCUGGUUAUGAACGUAUGAUUGAAGAAGUGUAUAGGAGAAGACCACGUAAUCUUGGUCGAUUACUUGAAAUAUAUCGUCAAAUGGUUUAUGAUGAUCGUUAUAAACCUAAUCGUAAUAUUUAUACAAUGUUAAUCAAUGCCUGUGCACAGGCUGGUUAUACACGUAAAGCAUUCGAAUUGUUUGAUGAAAUGAAACGAUAUGAUUAUCAACCAACACGUGCAAUGAUUACAGCAUUAUUUAAUGCAUGUGCUAAUUGUCCCGUCGAUUCUUCCAUUGGUGAUGAUUCGAAGUAUGGUCUAAAUCUGGCCAUUAAACUUCGCGAUGAAUUGGAUUCAAAUGGUUUUCAUUAUAAUCAAACACAUUAUAAUGUUAUGAUUAAAGUAUUUGCAUUAUUCGAUGAUCAACCGAAUAUUGAUUCGACUAUAGCACAAAUGAAACGUCAUCGAAUCGAACCAAAUCAAGAUACAUAUUGUAUGUUAUUGAUGGGUGCAAUUCAACAACCGAAAAAUGGCCUCUAUAUUGCUACUGAACUUAUGCGAAAAAUUCUUCAUAAUCAGCCGAAAAUUUCGCUAAACGUUGCUCCGUUUAAUCUAUUUCUUCGAUCAAUACGUGAUUGUAGAUUUGAAUCAGAAACUAAAGUCAAACAACUUGUUGAUAAUUCUGCAAAUACUAAAGGUUUGGUACCGCAAUCAACUAAUAAAUUACCAAUGAAACAAUCGGAAAUUCCCAAUAAUUUACCCAAUCUAUUGAUUAAUAAUAAUCAAUCGGAUAUUGUUUCCAUCGAUUUUCAAUCACUUGAUUCGGUUACGAAUAGAUUUUUAUUAUUCGGUGGUAUCGAUGGUUUUCUUCAACUAAUGCAACAUUAUCGUGUUGAACCAAAUCUUAAAACAUUUACAUUGAUGGCUGAAUUACUUGCCGAUCAUCAUGAAUGUUUUGAAUUGAUACAAAAAGCACUUGAUCGAUACAAUCAAAGAUCCGAUGUUUGUUUGUACAAUGUUUUCAUAAAAAUUUAUGCAAAAAAUAAAAAUCGUGAAAAAUGUGAACAAAUGAUACGAGAAAUGCAACGUGAACAACUACGACCUGAUAUAAUGACAUUUGGUGCAUUAGCAUUUGCCUGUACAAAAAUGAAUGAUGCCCGAAAAUUUCUUGAUGAAAUGAAACAAUGUUCAAUUCGACCAAAUAAUAAUGUUAUGGGAACGUUAAUAAAUUUAGCUUGUGGACAUAAAGAUCUUCACUAUGUUCAAUUUCUUUUAUCCUAUAUGGAUAAACAUAAUUUAAAAUUAACAAUCAUGGAUAUUGAACGUAUCGAAAUUAUGUUAAAUUAUUAUCGUGAACAAACAGUGGAAGCAGAUCGAAAUAAUCAAUCGAUUCCUUGGAAAAUUCGUCAAUCGAUUGCCGAAGUAAACAAACAAUUUCGACAAAUGUUAAAAAAUACAACGAUUGAAUUGGAUACAAAUCUUAAUAUUGCUGAUCCACAAACGAGCGCUCAAAAGCUCAUCGAAAUCGAUGAUGAUCAUAAACUUCGUGUUUUCUACGAUAAACGUAUUGGUCAAGAAGUUGGUGCCGAAUCAUUAGGUGAUGAAUGGAAAGGUUAUGUUUUUCGAAUUACUGGUGGUAAUGAUAAACAAGGUUUCCCAAUGAAACAAGGUAUUCUUACCAAUGGUCGUGUGCGUUUAUUGUUAUCGGCUGGUCAUUCAUGCUAUCGACCACGUCGUACCGGCGAACGUAAACGUAAAUCCGUUCGUGGUUGUAUUGUUGAUUCGAAUUUGAGUGUAUUGUCGUUGGUUAUUGUCAAAAAAGGUGCUCAAGAAAUUGAAGGUUUGACCAAUGUAACCAUACCACGUCGUCUUGGACCGAAACGUGCCAGCAAAAUUCGCAAAUUAUUCAAUCUAUCCAAAGAUGAUGAUGUUCGACAAUAUGUUGUUCGACGACCGUUGCCACAAAAAGAAGGCAAACCUCAACGAACAAAAGCACCGAAAAUUCAACGUUUGAUUACGCCACAAUUAUUGCAACGUAAACGAAGACGUAUGGCAUUGAAACGUCGCCGUUCGGAAAAACGUAAAGAACAAGCAAAUGAAUAUGCACGGUUAUUAGCCGAACGACAAAAAGAAGCUAAACAGGCAAAAGAUGAAGCACGUCGUCGAAGAUCAUCAGCAUCAUCUGGCCCUAAAGCUUCAGUAUCGUCAGCUUAAUUAAUCAAAUUUUUUUCCAACAUUAAAAAAAUAAAAAUUUUUUCAAAAAAAAA